AUGCUUAGGUUUACAAGGAGCUCUGCCUUACGAAAGAACUUCCCUCAGUGUGUGACUCGAACUGCAGCGACGCUGCAGGGAACAAACCUAAGAGGACUACCUAAUGGGUUUGCCAACUCCCCAGUCCAUAGGAUUGCUUAUAUUAGAGGAAUUCCAGCUAAAUUGCAGAGCACCAGGUCUUAUGUUUCCCUGCAUGCCAACAAUGCUGACAGCAGACCAGCUUUGGAACAGUUUGGAACUAAUCUAACACAACUAGCGCAAGAAGGGAAGUUGGAUCCCGUGAUUGGCCGCGACGAUGAGAUUGCAAGGUCCAUCCAAAUUUUGUCUAGGCGCACCAAGAACAAUCCGAUCUUAAUUGGGCGUGCAGGCGUGGGCAAGACGUCGCUCAUCGACGGUCUCGCCCAGCGGAUCGUAAGCGGCCAAGUACCUGACUCUUUAAAGGACAAAAAAUUAAUUGCACUGGACCUUGCGGCACUUGUAGCAGGGGCUAAAUACCGCGGUGAAUUCGAAGAACGCUUGAAAAAUGUUUUAGAGGAAAUCGACAAGGCGGAUGGCGAGGUUAUUGUUUUCAUAGAUGAAGUGCACAUGCUGUUAGGUCUGGGCAAAACUGAUGGGAGCAUGGAUGCUUCGAACAUCUUGAAGCCCAGAUUAGCGAAGGGGUUGAGGUGUAUUUCAGCCACCACUUUAGAUGAAUUCAGGAUUAUUGAAAAAGAUCCAGCUUUGACUAGACGGCUGCAGCCCAUUCUUUUAAGCGAACCCAAUGUGACGGACACAAUUUCUAUCUUAAGGGGUUUGAAAGAACGGUACGAGGUUCACCACGGUGUGAGGAUCACAGAUGCUGCACUAGUUUCAGCUGCUUCUUUGUCUAAUCGUUACAUUAACGACCGUUUUUUGCCGGACAAAGCCAUCGAUUUAGUCGAUGAAGCAUGUGCUGUAUUGCGGCUACAGCAUGAAUCUAAACCUGAUGCGAUUCAAGUUCUGGACCGUGCAAUUACUAGAAUUCAAAUUGAACUAGAGUCUUUGAAGAAAGAGACCGAUCCUAUCUCGCUUGAGAGGAAGAACGCUUUGGAAAGCGAUUUGGACUUCAAAAGGCAAGAACACUCAAGGCUAACUGAGAUUUGGGAAAAGGAAAAAGCAGAAAUCGACUCCAUUAAGAGUGCAAAAGCCGACCUCGAACAGGCCAAGAUCGAUCUCGAAAUCGCGCAAAGAGAGAAUAAUUUUGCGAAGGCCUCAGAGCUAAGAUACGCAAGAAUCCCCGAACUUAUGCAGAAGGUUGCUCUCAAUGAGAAAAAAGAUACUGAAAACAAUAUGCUCCAUGACUCGGUAACGUCAGAUGAUAUUUCACAAGUUAUUGCCAAAAUGACUGGCGUUCCUGUUCAAACAGUCCUGAAAGGCGACAAGGAUCGGCUUUUGUACAUGGAGAACUCGCUCAAGGAAAGGGUCGUUGGCCAAGAUGAGGCGAUCGAUGCGAUCUCCGAUGCCGUGAGGCUUCAAAGAGCGGGCCUUACGAGUGAAAAGAGGCCAAUUGCCAGCUUCAUGUUCUUGGGUCCAACAGGUACGGGUAAAACUGAGUUAACCAAGGCCCUCGCUGAGUUUUUGUUCGAUAAUGAAUCUAAUGUAAUCAGGUUUGAUAUGUCCGAGUUCCAGGAAAAACACACUGUUUCUCGCUUGAUUGGUGCUCCGCCGGGAUAUGUUAUGAGCGAAUCUGGUGGUCAACUAACUGAAGCUGUUAGGAGGAAGCCAUAUGCUGUCGUUUUGUUUGAUGAAUUUGAAAAAGCCCAUCCAGACGUCUGUAAAAUCUUAUUACAAGUUCUAGAUGAAGGUAAGCUCACGGACUCUCAGGGCCACCAGGUCGAUUUCCGCAAUACUAUGAUCGUAAUGACUUCCAACAUCGGACAAGACAUUUUGUUGUCCGAUAACAACCUUGGGAAUGACGGGAAGGUGAGUCAAGAGACGCAGACGAAAGUUAUCGACGCCAUGAAAAAAUCUUAUCCACCUGAGUUUAUCAAUCGAAUCGAUGAUGUUUUAGUAUUCAAUCGCUUGUCUAAAGUUGUAUUGAGAUCUAUUGUGGACAUCAGGCUCAAGGAGAUCCAAGAAAGAGUUGCCGACAAGCGGAUGAAACUCGAACUUACCGAAGACGCAAAAACGUGGUUGACUGACCAUGGAUAUGACCCAUUAUAUGGCGCACGGCCACUUAAUAGGUUAAUUCACAAAAAAAUACUAAAUCCAAUGGCCAUGUAUCUACUAAAGGGUCAAAUCAGACCGGAAGAAACUGUUCAUGUGGAUGUUGUUGAUGAUGCAUUGAUUGUAAGGGCUAAUUACGCAGAAAAUGAAGUUGCAACUACUCAAUCCUCCAGCGAGGAGUCGUGA